CAGGAGGGGCAAAGCGGCUGAUUGACUGUACGCCGCCUCCGCCGGUGGCCGCCCCGCUGUGGGCCGAGGCCCGGUCUUGCCCAGCUCGGGGCGAAGCCUCGGCCGGCCUGCUGUGACCCUCGGGACGGCCUCUGCAGGCGGGCCAGCAGAAUUAGAAGAUACGUUCCCUGCCCGUAAGGAGCUUACACUCAGUCUGGAGGAGACAUCACGUAGCUAGGGUUUGGUACAGUGCUGUGCACACAGGCCAAGAUGAGUUUGUUUGGAUCAGCCUCAGGCUUUGGAACUGGUGGUACCAGCAUGUUUGGAAGCACAACUGCAGAUAAUCACAACCCUAUGAAGGAUAUCGAAGUUACAUCUCCUCCUGAUGAUAGUAUUGGUUGUCUAUCUUUUAGCCCACCAACAUUGCCAGGGAACUUUCUUAUUGCCGGUUCCUGGGCCAAUGACGUGCGGUGUUGGGAAGUACAGGAUAAUGGACAAACUAUCCCAAAGGCUCAGCAGAUGCACACUGGCCCGGUGCUUGAUGUCUGUUGGAGUGAUGAUGGAAGCAAAGUAUUCACAGCAUCAUGCGAUAAAACUGCCAAAAUGUGGGACCUCAACAGUAACCAGGCUAUUCAGAUUGCACAGCACGAUGCUCCUGUGAAAACUGUGCAUUGGAUCAAAGCACCAAACUACAGUUGCGUGAUGACAGGUAGCUGGGACAAGACUUUAAAGUUUUGGGAUACACGAUCACCGAGCCCCAUGAUGACAUUGCAGCUGCCUGAAAGAUGUUACUGUGCUGAUGUGGUCUAUCCCAUGGCCGCUGUGGCUACUGCAGAGAGAGGGCUGAUUGUUUAUCAGUUAGAGAACCAGCCUUCUGAAUUUAGAAGAAUAGACUCUCCACUUAAGCACCAGCACCGUUGUGUUGCCAUUUUUAAAGACAAACAGAAUAAACCUACCGGCUUUGCUCUGGGAAGCAUUGAAGGAAGAGUUGCUAUUCAUUAUAUUAACCCACCCAAUCCUGCCAAAGAUAAUUUCACCUUUAAGUGUCAUCGAUCCAAUGGAACGAAUACCACGGCACCUCAGGAUAUCUAUGCAGUAAAUGGGAUAGCAUUUCACCCUGUCCACGGCACCCUGGCAACCGUGGGGUCUGAUGGCAGAUUCAGCUUUUGGGACAAAGAUGCAAGGACGAAGCUGAAAACAUCAGAACAGCUGGAUCAACCAAUAUCUGCUUGUUGCUUCAAUCAUAAUGGAAACAUAUUUGCAUAUGCUUCUAGUUAUGACUGGUCAAAGGGACAUGAAUUUUACAAUCCCCAAAAGAAAAAUUACAUUUUUCUGCGAAAUGCUGCAGAAGAGUUAAAGCCCAGAAAUAAGAAGUAGUGCUCGUUGUUGGAAGAAGAAAACUCAACAAUCUUUUAUCGUUCAGGGAAAUGGAAGACAAACAGCUUUACCCCUCAGCAGCAGCAGCAGCAGUGUGUUUCCUCUCCUACGUGCUUCCCAAGCCCUGAGAGCUUUCUUCGAUCCCACCUUUCAGGUUCUUUUGUUGACCCUCAUCCGGGACUGACCUCUUUGCCAUUUCUAGCGCGCAUUAGGAAUGGAAUUACAUUCAUUACCAUUUGGACUUUAAAAUCUUCUGUCAUAAUCUCGAUACCCAAUGUACUUCUUUCUUUUUGUUUUAGAACCGAAUGUUCUUUAUUCCCGAUCAUUAUUUGGGGCCAGCAUGUGAACUGAAGAUCUGUUGAAAUGUAAAAUUCUGUGACCCAUGCAGUGUAGAAUUUGUGUUUGCUCAUGUCUAAAAUUUUUAAUAAAACUUUUAUUAGAAUAUA